AUGAACAGUGGAUUAGGCCAAUUUCACACCAUGGUUGGAACAAGUUUAUCACCAGAGGCAGUUUCAUAUGUCACUGCUUUGAUGGAAGCAUUUCAUGAUGAACCUGCAAAAUUUGAAGAGAUUAUAAUGCUCUUGGAAGAUAUUAGAUAUCAUAAAGUUGAUAAAGCUACUGGCUUUGCAAGAGUGGGGGAACUCUUGAAAGAUCACCGGAAUCUGCUUAUCGGUUUAAAUGCCUUUCUUCCAGCUGAGGCUAAGAUAACUAUCCCUCCCGAGCCUACCCGUACCGAUGCUAACAAAGGGUUAGGCCAAUUACUUGGAAGAAGAGUAUCAUCGGAGCUGACUAUAGAUGAUUCGCUUGCAUACAUUGCUGCUGUGAAGGAAGCGUUUAAAGAUGAACCUGAAAAGCAUCAGGAGUUUUUCCAGAUAUUGAAAUUUCUUUAUACUCAUAGGGAGAAUGAAGCUCUUUGCUAUGCAAGGGUGAAGGAACUCAUGAAAGAUCACCCGAAUCUGCUUAUUGGUUUCAAUGCCUUCCUUCCACCUGAUGCUAAGAUAACCAUCCCUCCCGUGGCUAAUAAAGGGCCGGAGCUAACUAGUGAGGAUCAUUCGCGUUCAUACAUUGCUGCUGUGAAGGAAGCAUUUCAUGAUGAACCUGCAAAAUAUCAAGAGUUUUUAAAGUUCAUGAGGGAUUUUAUAACUUCUAGAGCCGAUCUCACUACUACAGUUGCGAGGGUCGAAGAACUCAUGAAAGAUCACCCGAAUCUGCUUCUCGGUUUCAAUGUCUUCCUUCCAGCUGAGGCUAAGAUAACCAUCCCUCCCGUGGCUUUUAAAGAGCCGGAGCUCAUGAGUGAUGAUGAUUUACGUCCAUACAUCGCUGUUCUGAUGGAAGCAUUUCAUGAUGAACCUGAAAAAUUUGAAGAGCUCAGAAAGAUCAUGAGUGAUUAUAGAACUCAAAGAGCCGAUUUCACUAGUUCCAUUGCGAGGGUGAAAGAACUCAUGAAAGAUCAGUGGAAUCUGUUUCUCGAUUUCACUGAGGCUAAGAUAACCAUCCCUGCUGCGGCUAACAGCGGACCGAAGCUAACUAGUGAUGCUGCGUUUUCAUACAUCACUGCUGUGAAGGAAGCAUUUCAUGAUGAACCUGCACGAUAUAAAGAGUUUAUCAAGCUCCUGAGUGAUUCUAGUGCUCAUAAUACACUUUCCAGUAUUGAGCAAAAAUAUCCGAGAGCACACAAUUUGGUUGCCAAAGUUAAGGAAAGGUUUCAGGGAGAUGAUAGUCAUGUAUAUAAAUCAUUCCUCGAGAUAGUUAGAAUGCUUAGAGAGGGAAACAUGUCCAGAGAUGAGGUGUACCAUGAGGUCACUAUACUUCUUCAGGAUCAUCAAGAUUUAGUCAUGGAGUUUUCCGACUUUUUCAAUCAAUGA